GGCCCAGAGAGCUGGCAGUUCAGAGACUGCUGGAGCCCUCGAGGUCACCCGCAUCCCUUCAGGAUGAAAGCCGUGGUGCUGACCUUGGCCGUGCUCUUCCUCACGGGGAGCCAGGCUCGGCAUUUCUGGCAGCAAGAUGAACCCCAGUCACCUUGGGAUCGAGUGAAGGACUUAGUCACCGUGUACGUCGAUGCAGUCAAAGAUGGCGGCAGAGAGUAUGUGUCCCAGUUUGAGACCUCGGCCUUGGGAAAACAGCUCAAUGCCACCCAGCCCCCUCAGUUCCUAGCUGCCUCCAAAGAUCCUGCCCAGCCCCGGGGCACGCUGGGCAGCAAGCCCGGCUCCGUCUCCACGAGUCCCUCGGUCCAUCCGAGCGAUGGGGUGCGGCGGCGGUGGGCGCGGGAGGCCGGCCCGGGGGAGCCCGCGCUCAAGGAGGGCGGCGGCGCCAGCCUGGCCGAGUACCAGGCCAAGGCCAGCGAGCACCUGAGCGCGCUCGGCGACAAGGCCCGGCCCGCGCUGGAGGACCUGCGCCAGGGCCUGCUGCCCGUGCUCGAGAGCUUCAAGGCCGGCCUCAUGGCCAUCGUCGACGAGGCCACCAAGAAGCUGAACGCGCAGUGACGCGCCGGCCCCCGGCCUCCGACCGCGGUCUCCAAAUAAACCUUUUCCAAGCCUGCGUCGGGCUGCAUUGUUUUGUUGGUUUCGUUUUGUUGUUCUAAAGCCUCAGUUGUCAUUUUUAAACAAUAAAGCGUGCUCCGAAAA